ACACCCGGAUGCAUUCCCCAUUGCGGCAAUUUAAAAGAGGAGGAAGAGGAGCAUUCAAUGGUGUAUAAAUACAGCGAAGCAAAGGAUCGGAAGUUCUCUUUUACUAGGGGGCGCUCUCUCUCCCAUCUCUCUGUGUCACCCCCCAGGGAGUCCAAGAGAGGGGUUGAGUUGAGACUUGAGACCAUUUUUCUUCUGCUAUUUCACAUUAGAUUUCUUCUCAUCUGGGUCUCUUAUUCUUUAUGUUUAUUCCUUCCUUGAUUCCUUCGUAGAAACACCCAAGGCUCUUUUGGUGUCUGUGAUGGGUGACAGAGUCCCAACUGGAAGUUACUUCCAGUACUCUCCUGGAGUUCAUGCAUCUCCUCACAGGCCUUCUUCAGGUUCCUUGGAUCGAGAAAGCAAUGCUAGAUAUUUAGCAGAAUUGUUGGCAGAGAGGCAGAAAUUGGGACCAUUUAUGCAAGUGCUGCCACUUUGUAGCAGGCUUCUCAAUCAAGAAAUUGUACGAGCAUCUGGUUUGGUACCAAAUCAAACUUUUGUGGAUCAUGAGAGAAUUGAACAUGAGAGUCCUUUGAGAUCAACAGCUCAACACCCAGAUGGUGGACCCAUGGAUUUGGAAGGGUGGCCUGUUAUGCACUCAGAGUACACCUUGCUUCAGGAAAAUGGGCUUCUCCAACGGAUGGGCACCUUCCAAGCAUCUUCAAUGGGCUGGACUGGGGCAACUGGAGUUCCAACUAGUCCUGUUGUAAAGAAAGUUAUCAGACUUGAUGUUCCUGUUGAUAAAUUUCCGAAUUAUAACUUUGUUGGCCGACUAUUGGGACCAAGAGGUAACUCCUUGAAAAGAGUUGAGGCUACCACACAAUGUAGGGUGUACAUAAGAGGUCGAGGCUCUGUAAAGGACUCUGUUAAGGAAGAAAAACUUCGAGAUAAACCUGGAUAUGAGCACUUAAAUGAGCCUUUACAUGUGUUGUUGGAGGCUGAAUUUCCAGCAGAUGUAAUAGAUUCCCGUUUGAAUCAAGCUGUUGCAAUAUUGGAGGACCUUUUGAAGCCUGUGGAUGAGUCCUUGGAUUAUUAUAAAAAGCAACAGUUAAGGGAAUUGGCUAUGCUAAAUGGUACAUUGAGGGAGGAAAGCCCACACAUGAGCCCAAGCAUGUCUCCAUUCAACAGUACAGGGAUGAAACGAGCCAAGACAGGAAGGUAAUUGGAGAACAACUUAAGUUCCUUUCUCUGUCCCAUGGAAGAGCUUGUGUGUCAAAUUCUGCAACUCUAAUGGUGUCUUCAUCUUACUAGUAUUUGGAUGGCUGAGGAAUCUCAACUGGGAAGUAAUUUUGAGUUUGAUUAUAGGAUUUGAUGGAUAUGGGUAUCUAUUGAAUCAUCAUGUUCCAUAAGCUUUUAUCUCCAGUCAUCUAUUCAUUCUUGUAUCAUUCCCCAUAACUUGUACUUUGCAAUUUCAUUAAGAUGGGGUGGCUUCAUUUGGAUCUUCCUUUAUUGAUUCCUCGGUACAACGGCUGUUCAUUCUCUUGAAUCUUUUGUACACUUGCGUUGUUGUUUUAGUUGCAUUUAUGUGACAUAUAAAUGCAUAAGUUAUAUGCAUGAUAUCGGUGUAUUCUUGAUUUCAUAAUUGUAUGAUGUUUUUAUUUUAUUC